AUGGUUUCAGUUAAUACCAAUAUUGCCGAGGAAAUAACAAAACCUGAUCGUUGUAUCAGCGUAUGGCUCGGAGGAAGCAAACAUUUGAGUGCCAUGAGCGAGAAAAUGUCAAAAACGUGGCCCGAGAAGGAUCCAAGAGCAAGCGACCCUCGUCUCGGCAAUAAUGUUCAGUUUGUCCCUGGCGACAGUAGCACGGGCGAUUGUCCCGUAUUAUGGCAGCGAAUGGCAGAAAAGAAGAUGACCUUAAAUCAUGCCAUCUACGCCUCAAGAGAAUAUGUAUUUCCCAAAUAA